UGCGCAGAUCUGGCGUGCGGCGUGCAGUGUUUGGAUCUGGCCCGAAAUGGGAGCGAUGGCAGGCGACGACGCGCAGCCCGCGUCCAUGGCAGCGACGAUGCUUGGCAGUGCGAUGGCCGGCAUCCUCGGGCGCAUUGUCUGCCACCCCAUGGACAUGGCCAAGGCCAACCUCCAGGCGCACAACACGUACCGCAAUGCAUGGCAUGUUCUGACGCAAACGAUGAGAGCCGAAGGCGUGCGCGGCCUCUACAAGGGCUUUGGCGUCGUUGUCCUCGGCUCAGCGCCGGCCACGUGCCUGUACAUGACGUCGUACGAGGAAAGCAAAAAGUGGCUCACGCAGUCGCCGCACUUCCAAGACGCGCCAUUCCUCACGUCCUUCUCGGCCGGCAUUCUUGCAGAGGCGUUUAGCUGCGUCUUCUGGGUGCCCAUCGAUGUCAUCAAGGAACGCAUGCAAGUGCAGACGCUGCAUCAAGCCAACGGGUACAAGAACACAUGGCAUGCGCUGCAGACGAUCGCGCGCACCGAAGGCCUCCGUGGCAUGUACAAAGUAGGGUAUGGCGCGACCAUGUGGUCGUUUGGCCCGUACUCGGCUCUCUUUUUCGUGGCCUACGAGCAAAACAAGUCGACGGCGGCGCGCUGGCAUGGCUCGAGCGAUGUCCCGUUCUCGUCGCUGCUUCUCUGCUCGGUCUCGGCGAGUGCGGCCGCUGCGUUUUUGACCAACCCACUGGACUUGGUCAAGCUGCGGCUUCAGGUCGAGCGAUUCCAGGCGGCGUCGUCCGGUGCACCGAGCCAGUACAAAAACACGUGGGAUGGACUCCGGCGCAUCAUAACGCAAGAAGGACCCACGGCGCUGUGGAAAGGGGCGGCGGCCCGGGUCGCGUUUCAGGCCCCCCUCACGGGCAUUACGAUUGCCAUUUAUGAAAAGUGCAAAGCCAUGUGCGCGACGUUUGUUUAGUAACUCGUAAAACCGAGUACUUCAGCUCGUCCAAAACGAUUCGAGUACACUACAUGAGUAGCGUGGUGUAUACAAACCAGAUAUAUCGAUUCCAG